AUGAUUUCUUAUUUCACUGCCACGACCGGCGCGCGUCUGUCAACAAAUUUCAACAAGAAUGCAGAAUUUUGCAGCGACUCAAGCACAAGAACGUUGUUGAGCUGGUUGAAUUUCGUCAUUUCGCAUUCUUCACCCCCCAUACUUUUCACAGAACUUUUGGUCUGCGAUUUGGGAAAAUAUGCUUAUCAAAUUCAACAAAACAAAGUUCCAUUUGAUCCCGAGAUCGUGUCCAUUAUGCUGGAUGUAGCAGAAGGUCUUGCUUACCUGCACUAUGAAUGCAACCCUCCGAUAGUUCAUCGAGAUUUGGCAAGUAAAAAUGUACUUUUGACUGGAGAUAGGCAAGCCAAGAUAGCCGAUCUUGGCCUUGCAAAGUUCUUUUCGCGAGAUCAGAAAAUGCUUGCUUCUCCAGUUCCCGCAACUCCAGCUUACGCUGCUCCAAAGACGUAUUCACCAAACCGUUCAUCACCAAAAGUCGAGUACAGCAUCAAAAUCGUCAUUUUCUCCUUUGGGGUCAUAAUGAUGGAGUUAAUAAAUGGCAGAUAUCCAAAGACGGAACCAGAGUGGGCUUUUGAUCGGGGGCACCCAACGUCAAUUUUCGGAAAAUAUGUGUUCGGAAGAUGA